CCUAUCCCAACUCCAGACUCCAAAGUGCCUCGUCUGUCUCUCUGCAUGCUCACGAUGCUAGUACUAAUGAUGCUAAUAGAAAGGCCAUCCAUUCUCCUGCUGUUGGCUUUUUUGUUAGCGCAGCCAUGCAUACUUCACUUGACAGAAUCCUCCAACAACUUUACCGAUCAAUCUGCUCUCCUUGCCUUCAAAUCUAAAAUCAGUUUUGGUCCAAACGAUACUGUCUUCUCUGCUGGUAACUGGUCCACAACAACAAACUUCUGUGAGUGGUUUGGGGUCUCUUGCAGUCGACGCAGACAAAGAGUCACAGCCUUGAACCUUUCUUACAUGGGUAUCCGGGGCACCGUUUCCCCUCAUAUUGGAAACCUCUCCUUCCUAAUCUCACUUGAUCUUACAAACAACAGCUUCUAUGGUUUUCUGCCACAUGAGAUUAGUCAUCUGCGCCGCUUAAGGAAACUUCGGUUGUCAAACAACCUAUUGGAAGGAACCCUUCCAAUAGAUCUUUGCAGCCAUUGUCCUCAUCUUCAACUACUGUAUCUUUCCUAUAACGAAUUCAGCGGUAAGCUCCCCUCUCAGUUUAACCACUGUACAGAGCUUUUAGAAUUAACUCUGUCAUACAAUAAGUUUGAUGGAAGUAUUACAAAAGGUUUUGGGAGUUUAGAAAAACUUGAAGUGCUAUUUCUUGGAGGUAACAACUUAACUGGAAAUAUACCUCCUAUCAUUAGCAACUUGUCGAUGUUACAGAAGUUUACCAUUGAAAAUAACCACAUAGAAGGAAGCAUUCCAAGUGAUUUAGGGCGUCUCCAAAAUCUGAAUAUAUUGUUUUUUCUAAACAAUAAUCUCACAGGGAAAAUACCCCAAAAUAUUUUCAACAUUACCUCUCUACAAAAUCUCAACUUGUUUGAAAAUUCCUUGUCUGGAAAUCUUCCUUUAGAUACUAGGCUCUCUUGUUCUAAUCUAGAACAUCUGUUUCUUGGUUUCAACAAAAUAAGUGGUCCUAUCCCAUCAUAUCUUUCAAAUUGUUCUAACCUCAUUCGGGUAGAACUUUCUGUCAAUUUUCUCUCUGGACCUAUACCCAGAAAUCUUGGAAACUUAAAAUAUCUCCAAUUACUUAGUCUGGGUGGUAAUCAGCUGACAGGUGAACCUGGAGAUCAAGAACAUAGUUUCCUUUCAUCUUUGACUAGAUGCAGAGUUUUGGAAGCGCUAUCUUUAUCGUCCAAUCCCUUGAAUAUUGCAAUCCCGGAUGUCAUUGGAAAUUUUUCAGUUUCGCUUAAACUCUUUCAUGCAGAUCAAUGCCAAAUAAAGGGUCAAAUUCCAAUUGGAAUCGGUUCACUAAAAAGCUUGAACAUUCUUUUGUUGAAUGGUAAUAGUUUGACCGGAACCAUACCAUCAACAAUUGGGGGAUUGGAGAGCUUGCAAAGAUUGUAUCUUGAUGAAAACAAGAUUGAAGGAUUCAUUCCAGAACAACUCUGUCAAAUAAAGAACCUGGGAGAAUUGUCUCUCUCAAAUAACAGAAUCUCCGGAUACAUCCCAGAUUGCACCGGAAAUCUCAAUCUUUUGCAGAGGCUAAACCUUAGUUCUAACCAAAUGUCAUCAUCAAUACCAUCAAAUUUAUUGAAUAUUGAAAAUCUAUUGUUUUUAGAUUUAUCAUGGAAUUCCCUUAGUGGGCCUCUGUCUCCAAAUCUUAGAAAAUUAGAUGUUAUUGAAUACAUAAAUUUAUCCCAUAAUCAAAUUACUGGAAAUGUUCCAAGUAUCAUUGGAAGUUUUGAAAGCCUACGUUAUCUUGAUUUGUCAAAGAACUCAAUUCAGGGAGACAUUCCACAAUCUUUUGGACAAUUGAAGGGAUUGGAUCAGUUGGACCUCUCAAAUAAUAAUCUCUCUGGUGAAAUUCCUAAGUCUCUUGAGGCAAUUCGAUAUCUUAAGCUUUUGAAUUUGUCCUUUAAUAAGUUAUCAGGAGAGAUUCCAUCUAGUGGACCUUUUGCAAACUUCACAGCAAAAUCAUUUAUAGGUAAUGAAGCACUUUGUGGGAAUCCAAUUUUUGGAGUUCCACCUUGCACAAGUCCAAGUUCUCAUGGAUCAAGGGUAAAACAAAUUUUGCUCAUUUAUAUUGUUCCUGUCAUUGCAUCACUUAUAAUCUUUGCAGCACUAGUCACUAUGCUGAGAAGAGAUCAACAAUGUAACAUGCACAUUCCAAGUUUACCUAUCACAUUGCCUGAAGUGGAUCAUAGAAUGAUAUCAUACCAAGAGCUUUGUCGUGGGACAAACAACUUUUGUGAAAGCAACUUGCUUGGAACUGGAGGUUUUGGUUUUGUGUACAAAGGGAUACUAUCUGAUGGUACAAUUGUUGCUGUCAAAGUUCUUAACCGGCAAUUGGAGGGUGCUUUUAGAAGUUUUGAUGCUGAAUGCAAGGUGUUGAGGUCAAUCCGACAUAGGAAUCUAGUUAAAGUCAUUAGUGCAUGCUCCAACCCUGAGUUUAGAGCUUUGGUGCUGCAAUACAUGUCAAAUGGUAGCCUUGAAAGGUGGUUAUACUCUCACAACUACUGCUUGAAUCUUGUUCAAAGAGUAAGCAUCAUGAUGGAUGUUGCAUUAGCGUUAGAAUAUCUCCACAAUGGUAGAUCAGAAUCUGUGGUGCAUUGUGAUUUGAAGCCUAGCAAUAUCCUUUUAGAUGAAGACCUAGUUGCACAUGUUGGUGACUUUGGCAUUGCAAAGAUUUUAGUUGAAAAUGACACAACCCAAACCCAAACCAUCGGUACAAUUGGCUACAUCGCACCAGAGUAUGGUUCUGAAGGAAGAGUAUCUACCAAAUGUGACAUUUAUAGCUAUGGGAUAAUAUUGUUGGAGAUUUUCACAAGAAAGAAACCCACUGAUAAAAUUUUUGUUGAAGAAUUAAAUAUGAGGCAAUGGAUUGCAUCACUUCCUGAUCGAAUGAAAGUUGUGGACGAGGGUUUGCUUUACAUUGAAGAUGGAAGAGAUGUAACUGCCAUGAAAACUAUUCUUUCAUCUAUCUUAGAACUAGGCUUAAGGUGUUCUGAAGAAUUACCAGAUGAAAGGCUUGACAUCAAGGACGUGGUGACCCAGGUUAACAAAAUCAAAUUGGCAAUACUUGGAAAUAGAAAUAAUGGUGUCUGAUAUCUGUGUUAUUGUUCAAGUUUCAUAUCAUGCAAGUACCUUGUUAAAGCUUGUUUUCCUUUAUUAUUAUUUCUAGUUAUAAUUUUGUGACCCUUGCUUUUGUAUGCCCUAUGAUUCUGUAAACUACUUAUGAGUGGUAUGUUACUUAGGACCAAAAUUAUACCAAGUUAUUAGCAUUUGAAGUUAA